AUGUGCAAGAAGCUCACAGACCAAGGCCUAUCUGUCAAGGUCAUUGAAGCUGCACCUGAUAUGGGAGGGACAUGGUAUUGGAAUCGUUAUCCUGGUGCAUUGUCCGACACACGAUCUUAUUUCUACCGAUACUCGUGGGACCUUGAGGAUCUCCGCGAAUAUCCUUGGAAACGAGAGUUUCUGAAGCAGCCCGAGAUAUUGGCUUACUUGAGGCAUGUUGUCGACAGGCAUGAUCUACGAAAAUAUAUGCAAUCUAAAACGCAAGUGCAAAGAGCUAUUUAUGAUGACGUUGAUAACUUGUUGACUGUUUCGCUAUCAGCCGGCCCUCGGUUAACAGCCCGAUAUAUUGUGACGGCUGUGGGACUGCUAUCUAAAAUCAAUUACCCUGGUAUCCCCGGGCUCAAGACAUUUGAAGGCGAGAUGUAUCACACUGGGAAUCGGCCCGCCUCCUAUGAUUUCACAGGAAAGCGCGUCGGAGUAAUUGGAAACGGAUCCACAGGUGUUCAGUUGGUCACUGCAUUGGCCGAUCAAAAUGUCAAGCAACUACUCUCCUUUCAGCGUCACCCACAGUAUGUCGUUCCAGCAGGUGAUGCGGAGGAGCAGGUAUGGGGCGAGGUAAGGAACAGCGUCCUUGGCUUUGGCUUCGAAGAAAGCUCCAAGCCCACAUUCAGUGUUAGCGAGGAAGAGCGCGAAAGAAUCUUUGAAGAUGCCUGGGCGAAAGAUGAGGAAGCAAACAAGGCUGCUGCGGAGUUCAUCUGCCGAAAGAUUCGUCAAAUGUUCAAUCGUCCGAAUGUGGAUGUCGUCAAUAUUGGGACCAACCCUAUCACCCGAUUAUUAAACAAAGGAAUACGGACAGCCGACGGAUCAGAAUACGAGCUGGAUAUCCUCAUUAUCGCAACAGGCUUUGACGCGGUAGAUGGAAAUUACAAGCGGAUGCAUAUCCAAGGUGUCCUGGGAAAGACUCUUAAGGAUCGGUGGAAGCAGGAGCCCAGCUCUUUCCUAGGAACCUGCAUACCUGGAUUCCCGAUUCUCUUCACCGUUCUCGGCCCAAACGGUCCGUUUACCAAUAUACCGCGCUUGUUUGAGAUUCAGGUGGAGUUCAUCUCCGACAUGAUCUCCCACGCGAGAAAGGUGGCGGCAGCUAAAUCAGCAGUAAAUGGUUCAUGUGUGGAGGUUGACACCACAGAAUUACAAGCAUGGAUGCGACAAUGCGAUGAGGCAAGCGCCAACAGCCUGUUUCGGAAAACGCCCUCCUGGAUCUUUGGGGCGAAUGUAGCUGGGAAAAGGCCUUCCGUGUUGUUUUACUUUGGGGGGCUAGCGACGUACAGGUAG